AUGAUCAAAGAGCUGGGGAAACAAACCUUAUGUUCUGCUGGUGAGGUGCACAAGGUAGCUUUUCAUAUUGGGCAGAAAUAUAAAGCCAAGAAAGAAUUGAAAGAUAAAAUUAACCUGCAUGCUUUAGAGACAAAGAGGAAUAUCUCAUUCACAAAAAACGACAAGAGUAGAUUAACAGCUGUUUGUGAUGGAACUGUAGUUUUAAAUGCAAGUGGGGUAGGUGGACCUACCUCUGGGAAAAAGGUAAAGGGUAAAGAUGUAAACUCAGAUAAAGUUAAAUGCACAUGGAAACUUCAUGCAUCUAGGUCAAGUGAACAGGACUACUGGUUUAUUAAGACCUAUAAUCAGAAACACAUCUGCCUCCAAACACGAAAAAUCAGAUCUUGCACAACAACAUUUCUUUCCAAACGUAUUAUGGAUCAGAUUGAAGCUAAUCUUGGACUGCCUGUUCGUGCCUUACAAGAGCAACUCCAAUCAACUUAUGGAGUUAGUAUUUCAGAAGAGAAAACAUUUAGGGCAAAAGCAUUAGUCACUAAAAAUGUUGCAGGGGAUUACGUAAAGCAAUAUGCAGCUUUGAGAGACUAUGUACUAGAGCUACAAAAGACAAAUGAAGGUACAACUAUAAAGAUUGAUGUGGUUUCUGAACCUGUGGUUUCAUCCCCAACUAGGCAAUUCAGAAGGAUAUAUGUGUGUUUAGGUCCUUUGAAGAAAGGAUUUAAGGCAGGUUUGAGAGAAUUUUUAGGCUUAGAUGAAGCCUUCAUGAAGGGACCUUUCCCAGGUCAAAUACUAAGUGCAGUUGGUGUUGAUUCCAACAAUGGAACCUACCCAUUGGCAUAUGCUGUUGUUGAAAGUGAAAACACUUCAAGUUGGAAAUGGUUUCUUCAGUGUCUUGCAGAAGAUCUUGACUUGUAUUCAAAUUCCAACUUUACCUUUAUCAGUGAUAGACAGAAGGGUCUUCUACCAGCCAUAGAACAAUUGUUCCCUAAUGCAGAACACAGGCUCUGUAUUAGACACAUAUACCAGAACAUGAGGAAGUUAUUUAAGACUAUAGAGUACAAGGAGUAUUUUUGGAGGUGUGCUACAGCCACCACCAUACCAGAGUUUGAAGCUGUAAUGGUAGAGCUAAGGAAUUAUGACAUAGAAGCAUAUCAGUGGCUCUUGAAAAUCCCUCCACAUCAUUAG